UCAGGGGAUUGGAUUUGUGCUAGAUAGAGAAAGAGCGACUGCGAUCUUUGUGGUGCACAUCAGGGAACAGCGAACGGCAUUUUUCAAUUUUCUGUUUUUAUAUUUCACUUCUUUCCUGUUGCGUCGUCUCCAAUCAACCUGGUGUAAAUAAAAUAUCUUUCAGCGACCAGUCGCUUGUUGAACUUGAACCAGAAAACAGUGAGAUUUAGAAGGAAGUCUUCGCGUAGAACCGGUGCAAUAGUCCAGAAUUAGAAACCUUGAACGAUGAAAUUGUUUCGAACGACAUUCGUGUUGUUGGUGUUCGGUUCGACCGUGUUGGCCAGUCCAUUGAUUUGGGAAGAUUCGCGAGCAAUCAAAAAUGAUGGAAAAACGGAAAACAAUAGUAAUGCUCCAGGAGAUCAUACGAGCUCUGUUCCAGAUACUACUUUAAACGGUAGUACCUUAGAGGUCCAUCCCGAAACUUCUAGUAUUGCUGCUGAGCUGACGACUAGUAGCACUAACAACGCAAUUGUAGAGCAAUCAUCUAGUGUUCCUUCUGAACAACCACCCUCACAAAUAGCAUUAACUACCGCUAAGCCUCGCAAAACAAUUACCUUCGAUCAACGACAGGAAGGAAAGUUCAACAUUAGGGCAGAUUUGGAAAACUUUGUGAUUGUGGUCGUUCCAUCGUCUCCAUCAGCAGGAAUCUCUCUUCUAGACCUACUAAAUCGGUCUAGCCAGAAGAAACAGCAGAAAAAGAAGUCCAGUCAUCGCAAAGGAACUAAGAACCAUUCGGGUCAGAAGAAGUCACAACACAUAACUCCAGAAGUCGUAGUUUUGGAUGACGUUCAGUCGCAAGCAAGAUUAUCCAACGAGGAAUUCAUCGAAGGUCGCACCCCGUAUAAAGUGGAUAUCUCCAGCACUGGUCGCAGUAGCAAUUCAGAUCUUCCUUCUCCGAUUUACCGUGUGAUGCGACCAUUCACCCUCAAUGUAGAACAACCAACCUCUUCAAACAUGAUACGCUUUCCCGCCUCAUCAGGUAAUUAUUAUGCUAAUACCGUAAGAGAGUCCAAAUUCCUGCCAGUGCCGGCGAUGUCCGAUGACGAAAUUAGAACUAAUACCGUAUUCGCUAUACUAACAAAUAAUAACAACUAUGGUGAUGGUGGGAUCGAACCUAUCGAGGAUGAUGGUACUGAUGAUGAUAAUUACCUGAUGAUGGAACAACGGACCUAUCUUGAUUUACCCGCUUCUCCUGAUUCUUCGUUCGCUAGCCUAGAGUACCCGCUGUCCGAUGUCGACAUGACGAAACUGCAAUUACAAGAGGACAACGAAGAGAACAGCGACGGAUGGGAACUCAAACUACUCGGAGCACAGGAGCAGUGCGGUCCCGAUCGUAAGCGUGACAGUUACGGUGUGUGUCAGUUUGUAACGCCAUGAGGGGUAUUGCCUUUCCCUCAGAACUUUUAGCUAAUAGGACUUAUUUUAAAACAAAUAGGUGCAUCAGCGCUGCUAAUUUAUUGUACACCACAUUUUAAGUGCCAAAUAAAAAAAAAACGUUUUAUUCAAUAC